CCCGUUCCCGCGGGCGGCGAGGAAGGCGGCGGCGGCAGCAAGAUGGCGGUGGCGGGGAAGGGAGUGGUGUCGGCCGCGGUCAAGCCAAUCUUCAGCCGGGACCUGGGCGAGGCGAAGCGGCGCGUCAGGGAGCUGUACCGGGCCUGGUACCGCGAGGUGCCCAACACGGUGCACCUGUACCAGCUGGACAUCACGGUGAAACAGGGGCGUAAAAAGGUGCGAGAGAUGUUCAUGAAGAAUGCUCACGUUACGGAUCCACGCGUGAUAGACAUGUUGGUUAUUAAGGGGAAAAUGGAGCUUCAAGAAACCAUUCAUGUCUGGAAGCAGAGGACUCACGUCAUGAGGUACUUCCAUGAGACGGAAACUCCGCAACCUAGAGACUUUCUGUCCAGAUUCUAUGCAGGCCACAAUCCUUGAGAAACUGACUCUGUGUCUACGUGCCUUCCAUUACAAAUAAAGUUCUAUACAAUAGGAAAAAAAAAAAAAUCCAUACAAAGAGAUUCUCUAGCAUCUUAGGAGCCUAAUGACUACAUGAAUCCAGAGCAUGUGUAAGUGAUUAUGAUCUGUUUGAAGAGCUAUAAUUUCCUAGUUUUGCCAGUGUGUAUUUUCAGUGGAUGGCAUUUUUCCCAUCACAUGGCCUGGGGUGUCUGCUGAAUAACCACAACACAACCUGGCUGUGGGUCUUUGUGCUUAGCCUGCAGCCCCAUCUGUAGAUGUUGGCUCUGUGAGAAAAAGGACAGGCCUUCAGUAAAGCCACCGUACUCACAGAAAUAUUCUUGUGCUUGAGGUACAUGUGUAUUCUGGCAGUGUCUUGCAAUUUCAUGCUGUGACUUUGUUAACCUUGUUUUUUUAAUUAUACAUUAGUCUCCUUAGUUUCUCACAGAGAAUAUAUAAAAUUCAGUAGGCAAAUAAAUCCUUGUGCAUUAAAACAUAAGCAGAGUCCAUUUUCUCUGCUGUAAAAUGAAAGUACUUGACAGAAGGGGGUUUGUAUUUGUAGUGGUUCAUGUUUGCUAAAUUUUGGUUGCCAAAUUUAGUGCAGUGGUCUUAGGAUUUAUUCUCUUUUUGUGGGAGAAAGAUUAGGAGAAAAAACAAAGCAGGCUCAAGCUUAAAAAUAAACAAAUAGCUUUAUUAACACACACUAAAAGGAUGGAAAAAAGUUGGGGAAAAAACUAAAACAAAACAGAGUGAAACUCCAAAACACUCUUUCCUCCCCCUGCAAACUGUUAACCUUCUGUAAUAGUUUUAAUUUCGCAACCGGGCGGAAACACUAAUAAAUGUAGUGGUUUUACGUUCAUUAAA